AUCUGAAGAUCUGCGGCUGAAGGCUUUCCCCCCGGGACCACCUUGUAUGCGUCGUGGGGCACGACACCCCCAGAAAAUGUCAAUAUCCACCGCAACGCAGAUAUACUUGUCAACCUAGAACCUAGGUAGGCAGCUAAGCGUGCAUCAGUGUGAGACAGCAUGUAUGGGUUGACAGCUCAUCAGCAGCCAUUUUGAGUUGCCGGGUUCUGCUUGCCAGGCCCGGUCGACAUUCUCGUCGUUCGUCGGGAUGUUUCGCGUGCCAGGUUCCCUGCGACAGACAAGACACAGCUAUCACGACUUGCACAUUGAAGAAUGUCACCCUUGACUGAGGCCAAAUCGUGUAUAUAAGAUGGCCUCUCCGUCGCCUUCAACUCAACUUUUCUCAUCAGCACUCACCAUCCAAACCAUUCAACAAUCAUCUACUUGAGCCCCCAGCUCCGAUCACCACUCCAAACACUCAACAACUUUUGACAAGUUUGUCCAAUACAAUCCAGCACAAUGUCUGCCCCUACUUCCACCACUUCUCCCCCUCCCACUUCUGAGCUUCCCUUUGCCAAUCUUCCCUCUUCUCCUGCUCCUGUUCGCAACUCUACCGCUCUGUCCAAGCCCGCCUACGCCUCCGACUCUGACUCCGAUGGUCAGGCUCGAGGUGGUCGCCGCAGCCAGAAGCAGCAAUUCGUUGUUCCUCUGCCCACCUCCACUGGUCUCUCCCAGCCUGCUGGUCAACUCCUCAAGGGUGCCACAGACGAGAACGGUGCUCAGAAGUCCGCUGCCCUCCUCGUGGGUAUCAAGCUCGACCUUGAGGCCGAGGUUCACCUGACUGCCCGCGUCAAGGGUGACAUCGUCGUCGGUCUUUACUAGACAAGUGUGGGUUCCAACACUGAGACUGUACUUGGCGGUUGGUCGCAGGAUACGGCUGGUGGCCCAUGUGAUGAUAUAACAAGAAUGGUGAACGCCCGAGCAAUGCCCAACAAUUGACGGGCUGUCAAAAACGGAUGGGAUUUCCUUUUUUCUGGACUAGCAUAUAAAACUUAUGUAGCUUGGAUAAUGAAAACUCUUUGCUGCUG